UAUAUGCGCUUAGAUUAUCAGACCUCUCGCGUGUGGUGUUUCACGGUCACGACACUAAGCCUCCGGAAUACUAAGACCCCCGUGAUACUUAGCCCUCGUUUCCUCUGGGGACGCAUAUGACGCAAACGAAUAGCCCUAAUACAAUGGAAAAGAAAGAAUCCACGGCCAACGAUGGGCUGUGCGACCUCGCUGUGACAUCGCGUUUCGUAUCUGCUCACGGCCAGGGCCACACGCAGCCCGCAGCUCACGAGAAUGGUCAGGGAUCGGCACAGCAGUCAAAUGGCAACUCGUCUUCGCCAGCCGUGGGUGUCGCCAUCAACCUCGGGGAGGCCAAUUCCGCGCCUGGCACCAAUCCGGAAGUCGCCCAUGCCCACAAGGCGGAUGUGGAAGCUCCGGAGAUGCCUAAUGUUGCCAGGCAGAGCGAAAAGGUCUUAACCUGGAUGCCCUCGUCGCAAGGCUUGUGCAUGUCCAGCGCGCCGGCGUCAGCGGUACGCAAGCAGACCCAAGGCACCAGCUUUAAGAACGCGCCAAAGGCCGAAGAGCACAAGGAGUGCGCGGCGGCCAUCAUUCUCACCCCCAAGCAAACGUACGACCACAUCGUGGCUACGGGUGUGGCCAAGACGACCCUGCCGCUGUCGAAGCAGGUCACGCAAGGCGUGCUGGCGGGUUUCUACAUCUCCUUCAGCUUCAUGCUGUGCAUGACUGUGGGCGGCCAGAUCCCCACGAUCCAGGCCAACUAUCCCGGAAUCUACAACUUCAUUCUGGGGUCGGUGGGCUUCCCCCUGGGCCUGACGGUCAUCAUGGUGGUUGGCGCGGAUCUGUUCACAAGCAGCUGCAUGUACAUGAUGACUGCCUGGAUCGAGGGCCGCGUGGCCACCUACUACGUGCUUAAGAACUGGUUCCUGUCCUGGUGGUGCAACCUGGCUGGCUGCCUCAUCAUGGCGCAGCUGGUGGUCUGGGCGGAGCUCUUCCACGGCAAGGAGUCCUUCCCCAUCUUUCUGGCGCACAAGAAGACCAGCUACCCCUUCGGAGCCACGGUCGUCAAGGGCAUCAUUUGCAACUGGCUGGUGAACCUGGCCGUGUGGAUGGCCAACAGCGCGCGCGACGUGACGGGCAAGGCCGUGGGCGUGUACCUGCCCGUGAGCGCCUUCGUCACACUGGGCACCGAGCACGUGAUCGCCAACCAGUUUGAGUUGUCUCUGGCCAAGAUGCUGGGCAGCGGCAUGUCGCUGCACACCAUCAUUCGUGACAACUGGGUGCCGGCCACCAUCGGCAACAUCAUCGGCGGCGCCUUCUUCGUGGGCACCCUGUACGCGGGCGUGUACGGCACCCUGUACGAGCGCAUGUGGCUGCGCUGCCUGCAGGUCUAUGUGUGGGUGCUGCCCCGCGCCGUACGCGAGCGCAUCCACGCCGCCCGCACAGCCGUGUACGAGAAGCUGUUCGGCUGGGUGGACUGGGACUACAUCACCACCGCCCCCGCCGACGUCAUCCGCGAGACAGCCGGCCAGGACCUGAACGAGGACUCGCCCGGGCCGCACGACCACGCCGCGAUCGCCAAGGCAGGAGUCAGCAGCGCCGGCGGCAACAGCGACAACGCAGGUGCGCUUGACCGCAAGACUGGCGCCAGCACCGGCGCCGCCAGCCAGCGCGGCGGCGUGUCGCGCGCCGGCACCUCGGGGCUGGGUCGCGGCGGCCCCGCCCGCGCCAUCAGCAGCAUGCUGGUGGACGCGGUGCGCAACCCGCCCAUGACGCCCUUUGAGAAGCAGCGCACAGAGGCGGCGCUGGGCUCGGACGUUGUGUAGGGCUGCUGGCGGAGGUGCAGGCCGCCAGGCGGCGGCCGCCUUGUGGCGUCGCGUUCAGGCGGCCUUGUGGCGUCGCGUUCAGGCCGCCUUGUGGCGUCGAAUUAAAGUUGCAGCAGGCAGCGCGGCCCCCGGCGGAGGUACUGGCGGUGGAGGCGGGAGUGGAGGGGAAGGGGCAGAGGCAGCAGCGGGGCUGCGCUCUGGUGGUGGCGGCGGAGGGGCACGCAGCGGGGGGGGGCUCCCGGCUGAGAGCGACUCCCAGCAGUGUGUGGGAGCGGCGGCCGCGGUGGCGGAAGUGGCAGCGGCGGCAGGCAACCGGCAGUGCGCGCGGGAUCCCAGCGGGCAUGUGACCAGUGUGGCGGGGAGGGAACGUCGUGAGCCGGAGGCGCACAGUUGUGACCUCGGGGCCAGGGUAAGGAGCAUAUGAAGACAUGGGUGGUUGGCGUGUGCGCAUGCAGCGCGCAGGUAUCCCGCAGCCGCCGGCGACAGCUGUGUGCACGCAUGCACGUACGCGCGCAAACGCUGCGUCCUUGGAAUAAGAGGCACGGGUGGCAAACGGCAUAUUGAUGUGAUGUGUGUUGAUAUUCUCACUUAAUGCCCGUGAAGGUGCCAGGCACGUUGACUGGGUUUUGCACAAAGCGUGCUUGGACCGUGCACCUUACGUCGCGUCAGCAUCGAGACGCGCCCUGCAUAGAAGUGGGGGAUUGGUGUGGCGAAGGCCGGGGUUUCAGGUUGGCGAUCAUUUAUGAAGUGUUGAGGUGCGGAGGGGCCAUGGCCCCCGCAGACGCGCUGGUGCUACAGGCGGUGAUAGAAGUCUUUAUUAAAUAUCCUUAUAGAACACCACCUCCUUACUGGCCAAGCGCACCAGCUGCAGAGAUUCCUGCACAAUAAACCCGAGACCCUGGUUGUGUGUGUGUGUGUGUGUGUGUGUGUGCUGAUGGGAGUGGUCCACGCCUUGUUUAUCUGCUGCAAUGCGAAGCCACGUUUCGUUUUCUGCAAGGGUGUCUGCAGCGUCCUGGCUGUUGAGAGCAUACGAACAGGUUGGCGUGUGGAGGCACCCAGGUUUGCGGUUGGCAGACAUUUCCACUGGCCGCAUACGCGGGCGCUGCAACACUUGUUUGAGAGGCUUGAGAUGGCUUGCUGCCAUUGCCCCUAAACCAUACGUAGGGCGCACGCCGUGCUGUGCACGGGUCCAGGAGCUGGCGGUUUGCGGGCGACCGCUCGACCGGCGGCGCCUGCAGCUGUGGGGGGCACCGCACACCAGUCUGGUUGGAGGUGCAUCGUUGUGCGCAGGGCGGGGCGUCCAGAUUGCGGGGUGACCCACAUGAGUGUUUGCAUGCUGCGAGUACACAACCAGUGGGGGCCGUUGACAGUGGAGUCAAGUACAUUGGCGGAACGUUUGAGGGUGGAUAGCAAGGAAACGAAGAGGAGUAGAAUUGUGGCACUGAUUGCGCGGCGGGCUGGUUUUGUGCCUGGUGGGUUCAUGUGAACACAGAGCAACUGUGGGGGUGCGGGGCUGUGAUUUGGGAACAAAAGAGGAAGAAACGUGGCCAGGCAGCUCCCGAGGGCACGGAGCCCAAGGCUCUGCUGGAGGGGGUUUCGACCGGGCGCGCUGGUGUGUGAUGCACGGGUAUUCGUGUCUCGUGUGUGCCUGUGAGACUAUGGUGCUCCCACGCAUUGUGGGGGCUUCCGAUUUGCAGACUUCGCCGUAUGCGUAUCUGCUUCUAACUGCUGCAUGGUCUGCUGGUGGUGGUGGCGGUCACUUAGUAGUUACACUUGGUCGUGACGAAGCCACUGGUGACUAGGGCUGACAAGCCCUGGUGCUAGGCAAGCAUGCUCCACACGCCACCCCUAGUCACUCCCGACACGCCACAGGUGGUGAUGCUGGUACGGCUGGGUGGCUGCACAUACGGCACGGUGCGAGGGAAGGGGGCGUGACUGUUUGUGUGACGUGAGCGCGCGUGUUGCGUGUGCGCUGCGCUGGGGGCUCGUGCGUGUUCAGGAGGCGGGCGUGAAAGUAGCGUUUGUUUGUGUUGUUCCGCGCGGGCCCAAACAGGAGCCGUCGCAUGGCCGGAAGUUGGGUCACGAGACAAAGUAGUGUUGUCAAGAAUUGAGUGGGUGCCGGUACUGUAAGGGUAACUAGUU